UAGUCUCUUUUUUUAAUUUUGCUUGAAUGUUGGCCACAUGUAUAGAUUUCAAUCAGCCACGCGGUUUAGUUGAUUCAUUUGUGUUUUCUUCUGUUUACUCUAUUUAUUUCUACAUGUUGGUGAAGGUUGUUUGGGGGUUCUGUAGUAUAACUUUUGAUAUGGAAAUGUUUAUUUAUUUAUUUAUUUUUUGCGACGAAAUGUAUUGCAUUGACAUCUGGAGAAUGCAUAAUAGUACAAAAAUUGAUCCUUUUUUUUAAUUUUUUUUUUAGGUCCUUAUCUUUUGUUUAGGAUUUGGAGUACAAUUAUGUAUCAUUUCUAUAUUUGAGUAGAAUCUCUUACUUUUGCACUAAAUAGAUGUAGCACGUUUCUCUUUGAAAACAUUUGUAAAUGAUUAUUCUUAUGCCAUUUUGAGGUUGGGCAUGGACACUAAUUUUCUGUCGGUCUUCCUCAAAUUGAUAAAUCCGGUGUUUGUUGGUAGUAAUACAUUAGAAAAUAUGGGGUUUUAGCUACUGUCUGCAGCCUGGGCAAAUGGGGAAAUAUAGUAUCAGGCAAAGGACAAAAAAUUAUUGUCUUGUUGCGCUUAGGGUGUAAAUAUGCUUGUAUAAACUAGUCCCCUCUAAACAAAACUUGUUGGAGAACAAAUUCAAAGAAAAUGAAAUAUUAUGCUAGUUGUACUAUGCCUACAGAAGAUGAGUGCAGCAUUGCCGAGCAAAUGAUAUGUUUAGCCCUCUUUCAUUAAUAAUGGGUUUAUCUAUCUUUUUUUUCUUUUCAAGCAAACUAACAUGACCUGUUGAAUCCUAUGAGUAUUCAAAACAUUUUUCAUGCUCGAGCUCUCUGCUGCCGCCACAUAGUAUUGUGAAGGAAAUAUCUUUAUCCCGAGACUAAUAACUUUGAUAUUAUCAUUUUCAUAUUUAAGAUCUCCACUUCCCUUUUACAACGUAGGAGGGUGAGGGGCCUUCUUCCUAAAAAGCCUUUCCAACUGCCUCUGCGCCUUUUGAGCUAAGGAGUUGUAUGAUGUUCACUUUAGCACUGUUUGAGCUUGAAGACAAAAUCAAGCCUUCUGAUGUAGGUCUUGAGCAGGAGGCACAACUUGUCAGGAGUUGGAAAGGUACCAUGCGCGAGCAUAAUGGGGGUCUACGAUCGAUCCUGCCAAUCAAAUACCUGCACAUACAUGAAUGUGAGAGCUUCACUAUGGGAAUAUUCUGCAUGCCACCUUCUUCAAUCAUUCCUCUACAUAACCACCCGGGGAUGACCGUUUUAAGUAAGCUUAUAUAUGGUUCCUUACAUGUGAAAGCCUAUGAUUGGAUCGAUAGUCCGGGGCCUUCAGUUCUACCCGAAGGUACAAGAUCAGCUAAGCUUUUUAAAGAUUGUGAGAUGACUGCUCCAUGCGGGACAACUACUCUGUAUCCAACGAAUGGAGGCAAUAUUCAUUGUUUCAAAGCUAUAACCCCUUGUGCUAUUUUUGAUAUCCUUUCUCCACCUUACUCUUCCGAUGAUGGACGUCAUUGCACUUAUUUCCGAAGGUCUCCUCGAGGAGAUCUAUCAGGUGAGCUCGAGGUGGAUGGGAAGAUAUUCUCAGAGGUGACUUGGUUGGAAGAGUUUCAACCUCCUGAUGACUUUGUUAUUCGUCGAGGGCAAUACAAGGGUCGUGUUAUCAAACCUUAGGAUGGUUCAUUUUUGGUUUUAUCAAUCAUUUUUUUAAUGCAGUGAGUAGUUAAUUUGGGAUGAGGUGAAUUUAUAGUAUGUCUCAACAAUGUGAAAAUAAUAACCGGUGUUCUCUAUAGAAUAGGGCAUUUCUGAUGUACAUAUCAAUAUACCGUAACAUUAUUUUACUGAUCUCGCAUUAAAUUAUUGCUUUUAAACUGAUAAUCAGACAAUUGGGAAACCUCACUUUUCAGCA